AUGAAAACAAAACAUCCUUUUACCCCAUUAACAAUUGAAAGACAACCACCACUUGAAAACUUACUUGAAUCAAAUGAAAUCACAUUAGACUCAAAUGCAGCAAAUUCCCAAACAUUAAUUAACCAAUACAUUCGUAGACCUCCUUUAAUAAGAAAGGCUGAACAAAUUGAUAAACAAGUAGUUAAAAUGGUUGCCAAAGGGCAUCACGCUCUAAGAAUUGUGGAUGAAAAGGAAAUGAGGCUAUUAAUUCAACUGGUAUCUCAAUGCCCAGGAUACCAGCUUCCUUCGAGAAAAACUUUGUCCGAAAACUUAAUACCUAAUGUAUAUAACAAUGUAAUGACUAAAAUACAGAAAAAAGUUGAAGCUGCAUCUGCAUUGUCACUCAGCACUUAUGGUUGGACCUCCAGCUAUAUAGCCAUUGUAGCCCACUUUGUAGACAACGAUACCAAACUCCAAUCAGCAUUACUUGGCUGUGUAAAUUUUAACGAUCGGCACACCAGCCUAAAUUUAUGCAAUUUUUUAAAAGAGGUAAUGUCGGACUGGAAUAUUUCACAUAAAAUUGCUGCUAUCAUUAGCGACAAUGCUGCUAAUAUUGUAUCUGCAGUCAGACUUGGUGGGUGGAGAAUAAUUGGGUGUUUUGAUCACUCAUUAAAUCUUGUUGUGCAACAAGCCACAAAAGAAAUAGCUGACGUUUUAACAAAAGUAAAAAAUAUCGUGGAGUAUUUUAAUAGAAGCACUCAAGGUCAAAACAAAAUUAAUAACAACGCAACAGCAAAUGAAUUUACCGGUGGUUAA